CGAUAGUCAAUAACAACAUUGACAGCUGUUCGGCAGAAAAUAUUCCAGAUCCAAUUAAUUUCUCGCAAAAAGAGCUCAACAAAAGUGUUUCCAGGGUUUUUAAGUUCCAAAAACAAGCUAAAGUUGCUGGCGCGUGAGUGGUCAUCAUGUUAUUGGUGUAGAGAUAUUUAUUCUACCGCAAUUCCUACUUUUUAUUCACCUGACGACCAGAAGCUCCCUUUUCAAUUAUGCUCUUCACGCGCCGGCGACAACUUAAGAGCUCCUCACAAAAAAACGCACAAAAUCAGUAAAUCAGUAACAAUCAGUGUUAAACAGCUUUCCCCGAUAGUAAAGUCUAAGUAUCGCUAACUACAUAAUAAGCAGAGUAACGAACGGACAUAAAUACAAUCGCAAUGUACGAGCUUCAUAAUUGCCUAAGAUCCGUUUUCUUUGCCACACUCAUUCCCGGAACGAUCCUACUUAGUUGGCUAACUGGUCUGGUGGGUCUACGAUCUCUACAAGCAUGUCUGCUGGUCUUCUUCCUGAUAUUCGUGAUGCUGCCGCUCAUCUUUCGAUACUCGGUGACGCUUCAACGGGGCAUCCUAUUCCUUACAUUCAUUAAGUACCCCAAAGGACUUGAUCUCACAAGGCCGGAGAGCAUUGGCUUGUAUGCCACGCGCAACUUCUACAUCACAGUAAAAGAUCACGAUGAGGACGAGGAUGGAGUGCGACUUGGUGUGUGGCACGUUCUGCCUAGCAAUGCUGUGCGUCGCUUUAAGCGUGAACUCCGCGUGGAGGAGGAAGUGGCCCAGGAUCCCGAACAGCACCAGGAAUCCUCGCCUGGCAAUGAGCAAGAGCUGAAGGAGCUGGCUCCAGCAAUUCGCUCCGAAUUCCCAGCCGUGGUGCCCGAGAACGAGCAGCUGUUCUACGAGCGGUUGCUGCGGAUGCCGGGAGGCACUGUGGUCCUCUAUCUGCACGGAAACACAGCCACCCGUGGCAGUGGCCAUCGAUCGGAGGUGUACAAGUUGCUCAGGAAGCUCAACUACCAUGUGUUCUCCUUCGACUACAGAGGCUAUGCAGAUUCUGAUCCCGUGCCACCCACAGAAGAAGGUGUUGUGCGGGAUGCCUUGAUGGUGUUCGAAUACAUAGCCAAUACGACCUCCAAUCCGAUCGUGGUUUGGGGUCACUCCCUGGGCACUGGAGUGGCCACGCAUCUGUGUGCCAAGUUGGCCAGCUUAAGGGAAAGGGCGCCCAGGGGAGUGAUCCUCGAAAGCCCGUUCACUAACAUUCGGGACGAGAUACGUCUGCAUCCAUUCGCCAAGCUCUUCAAGCACCUGCCCUGGUUCGAUUUCACCAUCUCGACGCCCAUGUACACCAACAGACUGAGAUUCGAGUCGGAUGUCCAUGUCCAGGAGUUCCAUCAGCCCAUCAUGAUCAUCCACGCGGAGGACGAUGUUGUGGUGCCAUUCCACUUGGGCUACCGUCUGUAUAGGAUCGCCCUGGAUGGACGAAAUCGGUCCUGGGGACCCGUGGAGUUCCAUCGCUUCGGUGCCAGCCUAAAAUAUGGACACAAAUACCUCUGCCGGGCACCGGAGUUGCCGGGACUGAUCCAAAAGUUUGUGGAAAACUACCGGGAUGCCGUCUACUAGUCGCGUUUAUUCCGGACUCCGGGUUACCCCUCCGAGCCCGUAUUAAUUUAUGUAUUAGACGAUUAUUCUAAUUUAGUUUUUUACCGCCAUCACUCUGACACGUUCUAAAAUUUCCGCCCUGUGCAAUCAAAUUAAAGAAGUCGAAGAAACACGAA